AAUCUCUCACUAUAGAAUUUAUUUCUGUUGCUAUUUUUGGGUUGCUGUACAAUUCUACCAAAUAGCUACAAAAAAUUAUGGUACUGGAGGAAGCUGCACAGAUCUAGAAAGGAGCAUGUAUCCAACGCCCGGUGCUUUUCACAGAUAGAGGUACCAUCAGAUAUAAUAGGCUAGAACGCUUUGAGGCAAAGAGGCUGUAUCCCAAGUUCCAGAAUGUCUUCUUACUAUGCCAGGCAGUACGCUCCCAAAACUGACACUACAAGCAGUCGGACCAUUGAGGAGAGCAAGACGAAGACGGUGCUGAUGAAGGACAGGAGCUGGAUCAAGCUCUUGGCUGAAGAGGAAGCAGACGGGGAUUACAGCAAGACCACUGAACCUAAGAGCUUCCCCAAGCUGAGUCCCAUCUCCUCCUCCACCACCAGAGCCAGCUUCACUAGUUCCAGCAACACCGAUGAUGGGCCGGUCAGAAGAACCACCUCCUAUUCUGUAAGCACAGAGCCCAGUCCUGAGGACAAACUGGCUGACACUCUCCUCCCAAAAUCUUUCUCAGGGUCACUCUUGUUUUCUGAAAGGGUCAUUGUUGACAAGGACAUGUGCACAUACUGUCGCAAGCCUCUGAGCCCUGAUCCCAAAGUGAUCUUGGAUGAUAUGAAAAUAAAAUGUCAUGCCUCCUGCUUCAAGUGUGAGGUGUGCAAUAAGCCUCUGGGCCACCUGAAGGCUGGGGACAGCAUGUGGGUAUACCAGCGCAUGGUGCACUGUGAGAGCUGCUUCGACAUCACUCGGGGUACCAUCACACAGCCCUGAUACUUAUUACUACUGUGUCCCCGUGUCUGACGGCGACAUGUGAUGAGAGCUCACAACAGCUACCUGAUAUACUGUGGACCUCCUCACUGGCAGAAGCACAACACAUUAACUCACUCCGGAACAUUACGAGUUAAGAAAAGAAAAUGUUUCAGUUGCUUUGCCACAAAGUUUGAAUCGCACCAUAAACUUAAUCUAAAAAUCAUACGAGUCACACAAAGUGGAGAACGAGUGUUUGUGCAGCUUGUGUAAACACAUCCUACAAGCCCUGUAAAUACUAUUGUUUUCUAUACCAAGCACACAAUUCUUUGUUUUUCUUAUAUGAUGAAAUUACUCAGACACUGGGAAGAGUUAUAUCAGCGGCUUCUUCAGACAAGAUUAAGAAUGAUUUAAUUUGUCAAUAGCGAUGACAUCAAUGAAAAGAAUCUCAAAAUUCUAUAUUUUUUUCUUUUACAGAAAAGUGGCGUUACUGAAGAAAUCACACACAAGAAUAUGGAGAUGAAACACUGAUAGUUCAAACCAAUUAAAAUGUGAAAGAAAUAGUAGCAAUAUUUGUACAUCUGGUGCUUUAAAAUACACACGACGAAGAUUGACAAGUCCAGCUGGGUCGUAAUACAAAUUAUUUUUUUCUUUCCACUGUUGAAAUUUUGAAUGUAUCUAAUCCAUAUAAAUUAGCUGAACAACUAUAAAAUAUACUAUGUAGCAACGAGCAGCUAGAAUGAAUUACACUGUAGUUCACAUUCUCAGGACCUAGCAGUGAUUUCUUGUACUUUUUUCAGUCAACAAUAAAUCAAGUUUAAUGCUCACGUCGUAAAAGUUACUCUGAGAAAACGUUGAUGGACGUCACUAACAUAAAUAAAAUGAUUUUGACCAACUUAAUAAUUUCGCUGUUAUACAAUGAGGCCUGUAAUUAACAGCGGUGUCUGAUUGGACUGCAACGUGAUGUAAUUGGCCUUUGUUGUUGUUUCCCCGUGAUGCGAUCGUUCUGCGAUGUGACUGCUCUUUGAUGUCAUUUCCCUUUUAUGCAAUUUCCUUGUGAUGUAACCACUCUGCAAUUAAAUCACACUGCAACGUCCUUUUGGUGCAACUGCAGUGUGA